AAUAGUAGGUAGUUAAAAUAUAACAUAUUUUUAAUCACUAAAAUGUCAGUAGUGGUUCCUCCUCAGACAUGGGUAUAUAUCCCAGAUCAAACCGUAUUGAUUAAUGUAGCACUGUCAACAGUUUUCUGGACAGUGCUGUAUAUAAUUGCAACCUUCUUGCCAAUCUCCCAGAUUAAAGCUUUCAAGACUUCAGAAGGAAAACCUGUACAGAUCAGCAAAUGGGAGACUUUGGACACUCAGAACAGAUACAUUUCUUUGGUUCAUGGUAUUAUGUGUAUCAUUUUGAGCUUCUAUGAUGUCACAUACUUGAAUCUUCCAUGCGGAUCUCCUAAUCAUCCAGUGCAGACUUUCCUAAUCACAGUCAGCUGCGGGUACUUCCUCUAUGACUUGUUGGCAAUGAUGUACUAUGGGCUUCUUGAUAGAUCAAUGCUGCUUCAUCAUGGAAUCUGUAUUCUCGGAUACUACCUUGUUCUCUGCUUCGGUGCAUCAGCCAGUGAGUUAAUUGCAGGAGUCUACAUUUCCGAAGUUUCUAAUCCUUUCAUGCAUAUGAGAAUUAUCUCAAGGAACUUUGGUUAUAGACACACUAAAUUUUAUGAAGCAUGUGAAUACAUCUAUAUCCUCCUCUAUAUUUACUACAGACUUCUCAAGGGAAUUUUUGUCGUCUGGAAUUGUGCUGCCUGUCAGAACGGAAACCAUCCAAUUAUCAGACUUCUUUCAGUUCUGUUAGCAGUCCAAUCAUAUUUCUUCGUUUACAAAAUGGUAUCAAUUCUCAAAGGAAGAUUCAGUGAGAAAGCAGAGAGAGACAAGGUUGGAGUCAGCCUCUUCUGGUUCAACCAUAAUAAAGAUGUUGAGAAAUUGUCGUAUUACAAGAAGAGUGCUAAAAGAGACGGCAUUCCAUAACAUGGUUUCUUCCCUAAUAAUUUCCAGCAUUUAAAACCAAUC